UCUCAUUCCCUCCAUUCUUUUCUUUUCUUUUUGCGUCCGUUUCAUUCUUUCACGGCGACAUUAUAUCACUCAUUUCUGCCCAAUUCAUUCACUUCCUCGAGAACGGUUUGCCCCCUCCCGUUCCCGCCCCGUUGAUCGAUUCAACCCGGGCAUUUGAGCAUUUGCCGAAACAUCUUCAUUGAUUCUUCAUUGAUUCUUGUCGAUAUAGGGAGAAAUUAUUCCCCUGCCAUUCGUUCCCAGCUGCUUAGGCCAGCCUUUUUAUUUAUCCCCUCUUUUUUUUUUUGGACGCCUCUGCGACGCGCCCUUUCAACCCAACCCCCCAGUCUCUGACGUGGACACCCUCGAACGCGAUUCGAUCCCUACGCUAGACUUCCAUUCAUUUACAUCUUCAACUUGACCCUCUCGCGCCUGCGGCUGCUUCGAGAGAACAUUUCCAACACUCCACUCCGUCUCCGCACCACAAUCACACCCAUAUCCCAUUAUUUGUCGGCCGGAUCGUCACACAUACCUUUUCUUUCCGAACAAAAACUAUAUACUCAACCAAAAAAAACCAUAUUGGACACCUUGAACACAAUUCCGAUUACGUGCGAUAUAUUUACUACUGUACCACGUUACAUUAUGUCUUUGUUGACAGAAAUGCAUUACCCGCCAACCGGCGCAAUUGCGCCCACGGCAUCGUCAUCCUCGCCUCCAGCUUCCACGCCCUCUCCGUCGACCUCGAGUGCUACCACGGCCCAUUCUAGUGCUGCGCGCCGACCUCCUCGCAAAAGCACUCUUACUCAACAGCAGAAAAACAACAAACGUCAACGCGCAACUCAGGAUCAGCUUGUCCUUCUGGAGAUCGAAUUCAACAAGAACCCAACACCCACUGCGGCUACCAGGGAACGUAUUGCUUCGGACAUUAAUAUGACGGAGCGAUCUGUUCAAAUCUGGUUCCAAAACCGUCGCGCUAAAAUCAAGAUGCUGGCGAAAAAGAGCAUUGAGACUGGCGAAGGAUGCGAUUCUCUCCCAGAAUCCAUGCGACACUAUCUCGCGAUGCAGUUUGACCCUAACAAGGCUGGCGCAAGAGACCCAUUCGGACGUACUGGCGCAUAUGGCCCGCCUAGCAUGUACGCAAACGAGACUAACCCUUCUGGCAAAGUUGUGAUCUCUCACUUCACUUGUCGCUCCUUGACUGUCGGCAGCUGGCGGCGCAUCGGACAAAACGCCAUGGACUUGGUCGUUUUCUAUUCCCCCGAUAAGGCAUGCAUGACUUACUAUAUCAACAACGAUGCUGCCGGCUAUAAGAUCGAGUACCCGUUCGCCUAUAUCAAGAACAUCACCUUGGAAACCGGUGAUCCGAGCCCGGGACCGAAUGGCGAACCACCUCGACCAGGUGGUCUUGUCGUGGAACUGAACCGCCCGCCGCACUUUUACAUGGACUCAUCCAACUCUGGAGGGUUCUACCAGUGCGGUGAUUUCACCGAGGAGCAGCAAGCUAGUCAGAUCAUGGUUCACCACCUGGGAGGCCAUCCCAAGGUCUUGAGCGUUCAGCUUGCCAAGCUUGUGUCGUUGGAGUCCUUCCAGAACCGCCUGGCUUAUAAUAACAGCAGCUUUGCCGUGCCAGCUGCGAUGUCUCCGCCGUUCAUCCAGCGUCCUGCAUCUCAGCCUAACCAGUUCGCCGCUCCCACUUACAUGAACCUGUACCAGGACAGCAACCACUUGGGCUUCAACAUGCCAGCUGCUCGUGGCCACAAGCGCCAACGAAGCCGUUCAGUACCUGUUGCAGUUGACAUCUCCUCGUUCCAGAGUCCCAUGUCUUCCUUCCACGUGCCACCCCCUCCACCCCCAUUCAACCACACCGAGGCAGGCAUCUACGCACCCGUUCCACAGUCAGUGCACCAUCUCCCCACCGACCUUCGCAUCGACACCCAAGGAUAUGGACUGGAUUUCCGUACCAACCCUAUGUCCGCGACGACCACCGGAUCGCCUCCCGACUUCGCCAGUCCCAUGUACAGCAAUGCCGGUCAAGGCGAGUCCACGCCAGUCGCCAGCAUGGCGCCUCAAUUCAACGUGCCCUUCGUCUCGGGAGGAUCAACCGAUGCCUCAGCAAUGGGCUCUCACGCACCCUCUCCUUACUCCAGCAUGAGCCCUGCAGACCCGCUGAUUGCAAACCACUCGCCGCCACUGUCCAACAUGUCGCACGGCUCAUCCGAUAUGUAUGGCUUCUCGCACGACCAGCAGACCGGCUUUGAUGACGGUCUCUCGAUGAACGAUAUGUACUCGAAGCAUCACGUCAACUAUGGCGUUUCACACGAAAGCCCUAGCUUCGAACUGCCCAUGCACGGCCUCUCUGCUCACCCUUCGCCCGGAAUGGGUGAUUACUCCCACGGUAUGGCUAACCUGGAUGAGAUCAACUCGCAGGGUAUGCCAACUGGGUCAUGAGUGCGUGCCACCGGGGGUUUUGAGUUUGUGUUUCUCCUUUGUCUCUUGAUGUUUCACGGCCUUUUCUGUGCAUGCGGCGCUUAUGCUUCUCGAUGGGUUUUGUUUUACCUCGGGGGAAUUUCUUAAUUGUUCAAUGUCAAGAGCCAUGACUAGGUGUUGGGUUUCGGUGUUUUGCAAAACCCAUCCCCUCGGCUCUUUUUGGACGAUUCUCGUCUCGCUGGCGAUGGCUAGUGGAGCGAUUUUACCUUUUGAUGUGUUUCUUGCGUGACAUACCCUUGUGUCUUGUUGUAUUGAUUAUACCCUUUCUAUUCUGGGGCCGGUCCUGAAGCGAUUUUUGUUCUUUUUGUUUCUGUUUUCCCGGCUGUCCCGGUUGAAUCCAGGACAUUUUUUUUCCCUUCUUCUUUUCUCCCGGUCAAUUGACCAUUUCUUCAUUUUCUUCUGAUUUAUGACCGGGAUUUUUUUUCUCAACCUUUGUUCUCACUUUUUUCCAUUUUCUAUUUUACAUUUACAUUUCUCUUUUACGUGGUUAUGCCAAACAGACCGACUUUGGACUGCGACUCCAUUCCCCUCCAUUUUCUUUUUUGUUCUCUUUUGUGUGUCUUCGAGGCUGGUGCUAGACUUGUCUCUGCCCUGCACUCCCGCUGUGGUUACGAUCGUCCGUUUCCCUAUCAUGGGUCUGGAGUCGAAUUUUUUGCAGAUAAGCUUGUUCUGUCGACACCUGUUUGGGUCUGACAUCCAACCAACACCGAUCCUCUGGGCUGCGCAGAGUUGUGAUAUCUUCUGCCCGAGACCAUACAAGUAGGACAGCUCUGGGCUGGCGGUAUACGAGUGUGGGGGAUCGACGCUAGGCUCUGAAUCAAUUCAUUAUGUAUCGCAUACAA